AUGGAGGGGGGUGUAUCGAAGGGUGUUAAAGGAAGGGGGACUUCGCCGGAUACAGAAGAAUCUGAAUCUGAUACUUAUUUGAUUGACGGUGAAAUGACGGCGGCAGUGGCUGCUUUGGCCAAAGCUUCGCCUAAGGAUUUCAAGCUGGUCAGGCGAGAAUGUACCGCGGUCCGAAUCCAGACAAAUUUUCGGCGUGCUUUAAGGGCCUCGAAAGCAUUGGUAAGACUACAAGCUAUAGCUCGUGGUCGACUGGUUAGAAAACAAGCUUCUGUAACAUUAAGGUGCAUGCAGUCGCCUGUUCGAGUUCGAACUCGAGUUAGGGCCGAAAGCAUUAAAACAUCUUCACAAGGGCACGUCCCGAAGAAUCAGAUUCUUGAUUAUAUAAAGCAAGCCGAGAAUGGAUGGUGUGACAAUUACUCAACAGUUGAAGAAGUGAGGUCGAAAUUACUAAUGAAACAAGAAGGGUCUAUCAAGAGGGAAAGGGCUAAUACAUAUGCUCAUGCCCUCUUUAAACAGCAAUCUCGAAGAAGCCUGAUCUUGUAUUCAAGAGCAAACAAGAUGGUUACUCCAAAUAAGGUGGACAAGAACAGUUAG